CCUGCUCCUGACCUCAACACAUGACAGUCUGGACUCAGUCCGCUUCGACGCCGUGUUGAAGCACUGUUCCAAAUGAUCUCCAAACCCGAGUUGCGCUCCAGCCGCGAUAAGGAAAUGUUAACCGACAUUCCGAAUGACGAUGAUAAUUACAGCAUCCGCGUUCUUCGCUUGGAGAAUCAGUUGGACGCGAAUGACCCUCUCCUGCUGAUGAUGAAAGCCGACUGCGGUAGAGUUCAAGGACGAGCACUGCUUGAAGACGUCGGGGUCCUUCUGCUCCCAGGUGAGGCCUGCAAUACAGAAGCGAAUAUGGGACCUGUUGCUGACGAUGGGACCGAUCAAGUGACGGCGUCAGCAGCAGAAGCAUCAGCAGUAGAACAACGCGUUGACCUGUUUUGUAGACCGUUGCUUCUGAACGCGGAACAGCGAGACGGAAAUGAGUCAUCGACUGUGUCCGACUGCGACGACACGAUCAGAAGACUUUCAUUGCCAGCAGCAGUCACGGUCAUCAGUGAAUCGUCGAGUCUAGCUCGCGGGGAUGGACACGAGUCGACAGUGCCUCGACAACAGCACGUCGUUGUUUCGGGUGCUGGAAGUGGUGGCUGUGCUGGAGGCAGCAGCAGCAGGCGCCGUCUCCUCACCCAGCCUGCUUCUGAGAUCAAGUUCCAGUCCGUGUCUGGCUCCCCAGUUUCUCAGGCCACAGAAGACUCUGUCCUGCUGACUAGGCAAGUAUUUUUUUCGAGACCCUGGAUCAGGAAACUGACCAACACAAAAAUCCGCGACACGAAGCAAACGACGUGCUUGCUUCCGCGGGACGCAGACUGGACCAGCACGAGGUCGUCGGGCUGUCGACAACGCCGCCCAACCGACAAUGUCGUCAAGCCGUCGUCUUCGCGGCGUCACCUCGCCAGGAACAGGAAGCUCACGGGCGGCGGUUCGGUGAUGAUGGUGACUGACUCCGUGUCCGCCGGCGAAGAGGCGGUCACGUACACCAUGACGACGGUGGGGAAGUCGUCAGCGAAGGCGGCGGUUGGGUCGCCGUCGGCGCCGCUGCAGCGCCGACGCCAUCAUCAUCACCACCACCUGCAUCUCCACCACCAUCAUCGCAGGCGCGGACGGGGUGACUCGUCACAAGAGCUGAGGGAUGGUCGGAAUAAUAAGUCGAGGAAAACCAGCACACAGAUUCCAGUGCGCAGCCAAGACCCAGGCGCGCUGAUUCGCGUGGAGGGGUCCACUUGUGUGCUGACGACACCACCGCCAUGUCCCAUGGCGUCCUGCAGGAAUAAUGCCGCCCCGGCUGAGAGCAAUAAACGGCGAGAGAAGUCGAGGCGGCGUGCAGCUGCGAAGCCUCCCGUGACGCCGCCACCGCCACCACCGACGCCCAGCAGGAUAGCGUUGCUGAAGGGCGCCGUCGCCGCUGCAACCACCAUCCCCGCAGCAGCAGCACCUGCUUUUGAGGGUGCGGGAGAUCGCAGCAGUAAACCAGCAGCUGUGCUGUUGCUGGCUGCUGCACAACCGGGGUUUCAUCCGAGGACGAAAUUGAGUCCCCCGGCGGCGGGCGUCUCGACGUCAGCCAUCCCGGUUCUGAGAUCCAGCUUGGGGCGGCCUACGAUGACGUCUCCGACCCACACGCCGGUGAACCGCAGAAUUAAGUGCACGAAGGUAGAAGAGGCGGCGGCGGCAACGACGACGACGACGCCCCCUAUCGGCGACUGCAUCCCGGAUGAAGACCCGAUUAAUGGCAAGGUGUCACCCGGUAGCGCCGCUAUUUUGCCCGGGUCCAAGUCCUGCUCCUACGUGGGAUCCAGCAGACAUCGAGUGUCGGAUCCUGCCCCGCUUUCCGGGGACAUACACACGUCCCUCCAAGAAGGACGACCUGGUCCUGCUGCUGGCGGUCGCGGCAAGAAACGACACCAGAACGAGGUGGAGGCGGCGUCCAUCAGCAAGUGGGAGGCCGUGGCGGCUUUGAAGAGAUACGAUCUAAAAUGUUCGCACGACCCCACAUUGCAGUCCUCGAGACUACCAGCUGGCCUUUGGCAGCAAACCCAAGAUCCCGCGGACUCCGCCGGGAUCAAAGACCGACAUACACGCAGACAAUGGUGCGCCGGAAGGCAGCGACUGGUGCUGCGACGCCGACGGCCACUCCGCCUGCAGCGAGUUGACCACCUCGACGGUCUUGUCGAUCUCGUUGUCGCCCACGUUGUAGCCGAAGUCUGCCGGGUUGACGCCGUCCUUCUUCUUGAUGUCGGCGGCCGUCGGGAUGACGGACGUGAUAGACUCGGGCAGGAUGUGGGCCAGAUCCACGGCUUCGCUCUCAUCAUCAUCAUCGCCGCCGCCUUCCGUCUGCGUCGCGACCUCAGUCUUGUCCUGCUCCACUUCUUCUUGGCCGCCGCCUGCGACUUCCGCCUCUCCGACUCCAACAACAGUACUGUCCUCGUCAACUUCGCCGUCCUUUGCCGCGUCGCCCUCGGGCAGGAUGUGGAUCACCUUGAAGUGGACGAAGUGCGACGCGCUGUCGUCGCCGCCCUUGUGGAUCGUCUCGUUCACCAUCACUUUCGUGCCGUUGAUGAUCUGCGGUCAUUGGGGAAGUCGGUCGGGUGGCGGAACCCGAAGAGGCUGCCGGGACUGAAGGGUCGCAGGAACGGGCGGAAGAGGUUGAAGCCGAACCCGCUCUGGGGCCGCUCUUCUUCUUCUUCUUCUUCAUCAUCCCCCUCGCCCAUCUCGGUUUCGAUGGCUUCUUCGGACGCAACUGAUGGGAUCCUCUCGGCCGGCGGCUGUCUGGUCAUCAUGCCAGUGAACAAGCUGGAGAUCUCGUCCUCGAACACCUGCAUGCGACCUGUAUCGAGAAAGAGGAGGAAGAUGAGUAAGGGCGGCGAAAAUACUGUAGCAGCUUUGACAGAUAUUUCUCAGUCGCAAAACUCACGGUUGAACUCGCCGAAGAUGUCAGAGAGCGAGGGCAGGGUGACGGACGGGCGUCGGACAGGCGGCACGAAGUCAAAAUCAGCUUCACUUUCCGUAGACUCCGGGUCAUUUACACGCUUGUCAACUUCGUCGCUUCCGCCGCCAAACAUGGACGAUGACGAGUCGUCCUCUGCAGCAAACACCGAGGGGCGGCGUUGUUGGAACAGGCUUGGAAACAGCGGCGGCGUGCGCAUGAACGGGAUGCGGAAGAUGCGCACGCGCGGGAACACGAACUGA